CGCCCGAGUCACACUCACACAGAGCCGAGCCGAGCCCAGGCAGGCAGGCAGGCGGCCCAGGCGCCCAGCCCACCCCCCUACCCCCGCGGCGCCGCCGGAGCCAGAGCGAGAGCGAUGGACGCGCUGCCGGAGGCGUGGUCGCAGGUGCGCGCGCCGGUGAUCGUGCCGCUGCUGCGGCUGGCGGUGGCCGUGUGCCUCACCAUGUCGGUGCUUCUGUUCCUUGAGCGCGUGUACAUGGCCGUCGUCAUCUCCGGGGUGCGCCUGCUCCGCCUCCGCCCCGACCGCCGCUACCGCUGCGACCCCCUCCCCGAGGACGACCCGGAGCUGGGCUCCUCCGCGUUCCCCGUCGUGCUCGUCCAGAUCCCCAUGUUCAACGAGCGCGAGGUGUACCAGCUGUCCAUCGGCGCCGUGUGCGGGCUGUCGUGGCCGGCGGACCGGCUGGUGGUGCAGGUGCUCGACGACUCCACGGACGAAGUGAUUAAGGAGAUGGUGCGGAUGGAGUGCGAGCGGUGGGCUCGGAAGGGGAUCAACAUAACGUACCAGAUCCGGGAGGACCGCAAGGGGUACAAGGCCGGCGCGCUGCGGGCGGGGAUGAGGCACGCGUACGUGCGCGACUGCGAGUACGUGGCCAUCUUCGACGCCGACUUCCAGCCCGACCCGGACUACCUCAAGCGCACCAUCCCCUACCUCGUCCACAACCCGGAGAUCGCCCUCGUCCAGGCGCGCUGGAGAUUCGUGAACGCGGACGAGUGCCUGAUGACGAGGAUGCAGGAGAUGUCCCUGGACUACCACUUCACCGUGGAGCAGGAAGUGAGCUCCUCCGUCUGCGCCUUCUUUGGAUUCAACGGCACCGCCGGCGUGUGGCGCAUCUCCGCGGUGAACGAGGCUGGGGGGUGGAAGGACCGGACCACGGUGGAGGACAUGGAUCUGGCCAUCCGGGCCAGCCUCAAGGGCUGGAAGUUCGUCUACCUCGGUGACGUCCAGGUGAAAAGCGAGCUGCCGAGUACCUUCAAGGCCUUCCGGUUCCAGCAGCACAGGUGGUCGUGCGGCCCGGCGAACCUGUUCAGGAAGAUGCUCAUGGAGAUUGUGACGAACAAGAAAGUGACGAUCUGGAAGAAGAUCCACGUCAUCUACAACUUCUUCCUGAUACGCAAGAUCAUCGCGCACAUCAUCACCUUCUCGUUCUACUGCGUCAUCAUCCCGGCAACCAUCUUCGUCCCCGAGGUCCGCAUACCCAAGUGGGGCUGCGUCUACAUCCCCUCGGCCAUCACCCUCCUCAACUCUGUCGGCACUCCCAGGUCUUUCCACCUGCUUUUCUUCUGGGUCGCCUUCGAGAACGUCAUGUCCCUGCACAGAACAAAGGCCACGCUGAUCGGCUUGCUGGAGGCCGGCAGGGCCAACGAGUGGGUGGUGACGGCGAAGCUCGGCAGCGCCAUGAAGAUGAAAUCGGCUAACAAAGCGGGGCUCAGGAAGCAGUUCAUGAGGAUAUGGGAGAGGCUGCACGUCACGGAGCUCGGGGUGGCAGCCUUCCUCUUCUCCUGCGGCUGGUACGAUCUUGCGUACGGGAGGGACCAUUUCUUCAUCUACCUCUUCUUCCAGUCUGUCGCGUUUUUCAUCGUCGGCGUCGGCUACGUCGGCACCAUCGUCCCGCAGUCGUAGCGGAAGCGUGUCCAGAUCAUCCGCUUCUCUCUGGUUUUCGCAUUGUGUCUUGGGUAAGUUUCGUAGUGGAUGACCGGUUUGAGGUAAAGAUCAUGCAUGCGGUCCUCUCUUCCAUCGUCUUUUUUUGGGGACCGGCCGUGUGUGCUUCGUCGACCUUCGGCUGCAUGCGCGGUGUUUUACUGUAAAAUAGGAAAGCAGUGUUGCAAGAUCGCUGCAGGAGAAUUUAGAGAUUGGUGCCACAUGGGCAGGAGAUGUCCUGGUGUUUCUGCUUAUAUGCUAUAUCAACUAUGUGAUGUGUUUUAAGGGGGGGUGCAGGAUGGCUGCUUCCAAUGUACUAGUAACAUACAGAGAAACAGGUUCAGACAUGUGUUCAGAAAAAAAAGAGUCAACUAUUCAGCCUUCUUGUAGCAUGCUACAUUUU